AUGAAUAAUGUUCUAACUUGGGAUUCUAAAUCUGAACCAUUUGAUGCUUGGAUUCCGUACCUAGCUGCAAAUAUUUUCAAUCUCUAUGUCUGUAGAGAAAAGGUUGACCAUGAAAAUGAAAGAACCAUUGAUCUCAUUACGUUAAGUUGUCUUUCUAUUGCUUGGAAGUCAAGGGAGAAAGAUUUCUCCAUCCGUAUGCUUAAGGCAAAAUAUAAAAAACUCCAUACUAUAACACAGAAUAUGUGUUUAGAUAUGGAGUUUCAAAUUCUCGAUGCCCUUGGAAGUACUCCUAGGAGCUUAAGAAUUCUUACUCCUAUAAUUUUCAGCCAUUAUUUCGCAUCUAUAGUGAAAAUGAACUACAGUCCUCACGAGCAUGAUGCUUUAUUUUGUGAGAUUAUAGUGCAAUGCCAGAGUGAAUAUUGGGUGGCAAAGUUGAGGCCAUCACUUAUUGCAGCAUUAGGUGCAUUGGUGAUUUCUACACUAUUCUCUCUAAAAGUUUUUAAUAAAUUUUACAAGGCGCUCGAAAAGAACCAAUUUAUCACAGAGGAUGAGUUUAUCUGUUAUUUUCCCGAAAUGUUGAAGCUAUUUCAGAAACUCAAGAUCGAUAAAGAACAUAGGCAGGUGUUUGAUUUUCCAAUCAAAUGGAAAAAUAAUAUCAAAUGUGCAAGUAGAUUCUUGAUAUUCACAAAUAUGAGAAUUAUUGAAUGUAGCCCAAUUUCUUUCAGUAUUGCUUCUCAAGGAGUGGGCAUAAUGCCAAAAAGUUCUCUCAUCCUUAAAGCAAUAUCUUUGAUAAUGAUUUUAGGGAGUCUUUAUUGCAUUAUAAAGAUCAUUAAUGAAAGAUGGGAAACGAAAAAGACUUCAAGUCAACUUUUAAGGAUGAAUAAGUAUGUCAUUGGUGUUGCUGUGAACGAUGAGGAUGUUGAUGACAGUGAUGAUUUGAGUGCUGACGACAACGAUGAUAAUUGGUACCUGGCUGUUAGACCUGGUAUUGUAUCGUGA